AUGUCUCGACGUAGCAUUCACCGAAAUGAACCCAUUCAAAGGUGUCUCUGGGGACGCAGAAAGCACAAGUCAAAGUGCUCAAAUGUUGAAAUCAAGCAAGAGCCGACGAUUAAGGAAGAACACAAUGACAGUGACGAUGUCAUGAACAUACCACAGCCGAGAGUUGAUAGAAGAUAUCGUGCGGAUUACAAAGGACCGGUCGACUUUGGCUAUGACUUCGAUGAGGUAAAGGACGAAGUCAAAUGUGAAGAAGAAGAGAUGGGCAAAGACAAAGGCUCGACACCAUGUGAACGAUCGAAUGAAAGUGCCGCCGUCAACGAUGAUGAAAACGAAGAUCCGAUGGGUGAUGCAAUCGAUGUGGAACCACCGCAACAAGUCAACAGUAGAAAUAAACGGAAUGGAAGUUCCAAAAGACGAAACGAACGAACGAUUCCCAGAAAUCAAGCGGCUAAAAAGCAAAAGAAGCACAAAUGUCAUGUGUGCAAUCAUUUGGCAAGUAGGAAGACUAACCUCGUCAUACACUUGCGAACUCACACUGGAGAAAAGCCGUUUCAGUGUGAUGUUUGUUCGAAGUCCUUUACACAAAAAAGUCAUCUGAACAGUCAUAAGGAAACGCAUGGCCAAUUUCGUUGCUCAAAAUGUAAUCAAGGAUUUGAAGAAGAAUCAGUCAAGAUCGACCACGAAGUGUUAUGCAAUCCUGCACAAUUCGAAUGCGAUAUUUGUAGAUACAGAGCAAUGCACAAAUCAAAUUUGACAAGACAUAUGCGGAUCCACACAGAAGAAAAGCCGUUCGAGUGCUCAAUUUGUUUCAAGUCGUUCACAACUAACACUAAUCUCCGAAUUCAUUCAAUGACGCACAAAAAUGAACUGCCAAAUGCUUGUGCCAAAUGUGGUCGACGAUUUGCUACACCAGACGAUAAGCGUACGCACGAAACGCACUGCCAACGAAGUCCCUUCGCAUGUAAUCAGUGUCAUUACAAAACUUUUAGCAAGCAUUGUUUGGAGCGGCACAUGCAAUCAAAACACGGAGCAAAAAGAUCAAUCGAAUGUGAAAUUUGCGGUAAACAAUUCGUUCAACAGAUGCAAUUAAAUCAGCAUUUGUCAUCAGCACACAACGAUCAAUUCCCAUUCCAAUGCUCCAAGUGCUUCGGAGGAUACGAAACCGAAGAUGCAAGAGAGGUUCAUGAAGACAACUGUGGACACCGUCAGUAUCAAUGCCAUUUGUGUGAAGGGUAUCAACGAAACAUCAUUGUUUUAAAGGCACACAUGCGAAAAGAUCACACUGGGGAGCGGAUUCAAUGCGACGUGUGUGCAGCAAGCUUUGUUCAGAAAAGAUAUGCGGAUCAACACAUGAAAACAGUGCACCGCUUGAAGAAGUAACAUGUCACUCAUCCCAAUAGUUGGAAAGUAGUUGCACUUUCAAUGAAUUGUCCAUGAUUCCUUUCAUUAGAUACGCCAAUUGGAUCAAAGCUUGAUCCAUUUGAAGAAUUUUCAUUCGAAAAAUUCGAGAUUAUUCUAAAAUAACAUUCAAAAUUGUUUAAUCAUAAAAUAUUCAUUAAAUUAUCAAUAUUAGAUUCGAGCUCCAUUUUUGAUUGAAACAAAACGGAACAGAAAUAUAUAUUGAAACUGGAAUAAA